AGGAAGGAAGGUGUUUUUCAGCUGCUGACUUUUAUUCAGAUUUUUCUCAAUGAAUAAAAUUUUUAAUGUCUAACAAAGGAAAGAAGAAAAGGAAGCUGAUUAUUUGAACCCUUUUCCUUUUAUCUGGACGAAUGGCGGCUUUAAGUACGAGCCUCCCUGCCAACAGCACCUUCAUGCACAGAGACCCAAACCAAACGUCUUCAUGCAGCUAUGAAGAUGACUUCUCUCGGGGGGAAGUCUACGUCAUGAUUUCUAUCCUGGGAAUUAUCUUAAACUCAUUUGUGCUGAUCGUUCUCUGCCUCCACAAGAAGCCCUGCAGUGUCCCAGAGAUCUACCUGAGCAACCUGGCUGCAGCCGACCUGGUUCUGAUGUUCUGCAUUCUCCUCUGGGCUGUUCUUAUUUUCCGUGACUAUGACUGGGAUUUCGGCUCUUUCAUGUGUAAAGUGUACCGUCAGACUUAUAGGAUAAACUAUACCUGCAGUGUUUACCUGCUGGUCAUGGUUAGCAUCGAUCGUUAUCUUGCUGUGGUGCACCCACUGUCCUGUAUGAAUAUCCGAGAGCCCCUGUAUGCUAAACUGGGCUGUGCUUUGGUUUGGUCUCUGGGCUUCUUCCAAAACAUUUCCUACUUCAUCUACAGUGAAACCAAAACAGUAAAAAAUAACAUUACCACUUGUUCAUUUAGUUUCCCAGUUGAUACCAUGCUGAGAGUUCGCUUAAUGUCUGUGGUGUUAACCUUCAUCAUCCCCAUCAUCAUCAUCUCCUUUUGCACCGUCAUGAUUUUAAAGACUCUCAGACGCAGGUUAUCCAACAGCCUCCAGCAAACAGACCAUAAAGCCACCACCUUGGUCCUGGCCUGCCUCCUGGCCUUCCUGGUCUGCUGGGGUCCCUACCAGCUGACGGAGAUAAUGAGGUGGUUACAUGGGGUCAGAGUUCUGACAGGGUGCAGGAGCCUCACUGUCAUCAGGGUUUGCCUGGAUAUCUUCUUAUACUUGGGCCUUUUCAACAGCAUCAUCAACCCUGUUCUCUACAUCAUCGUUGGAAAUAACUUCAGGAUGAAGAUCAGGGAGCUGUGCAAGGGGAGAGAAGAAGAGAGCACCUCAGGGUUUAAUGAAAUGACUGAAGCCACCUGGAGGCAUAAUGUUGAUCAGAAAUCCUUAUGCUGCGUUCACACCGAAGGCGUUCUGGGUGUCAGAAACGCUUAAACGCAGAAAUCUGGACUCUGGAUCAAACUGUGGUCCAGUUGCUUUG